GGCCCCGUCAGGGGAGCUCGCUGGUUGGCCAGCGCCCCCAAUGGAAAAAAAAAGCUUGGGAUGCCGGGCUGGCCAGCGACUUCGCACCGCUGCAAAACGCCCAGCGAGCUGCUUUCGCCGUUCUCCGGAAAUUCCCUCUCCAUCGAGCUCGACGACGACGACGCUCAAAACCGCCUCACCUCCCUCCCUCUACCUCCGCCCCCCGCCUUCCCCCGCCGGACCGUGACGACGUCCCGAGACUCUUUCCUGCCGGGCCCAAGAGCUUUCGCCGUCUCUCCCUCCGCCUCUAUCGCCUCGCGCAAUUGACUAAGCUCAACGCCCUCCCAUCAUGUCCCGCCUCCUGCGACCUGCGGUCCGUCUGGCCGCCGCCUCGACGCGCGCCGCCGCCGGUAUCAAGGCUCCCGCCGCCAGCACCUCCUCCCUCGUCCUCCCGCGCGCCACGACUCCCGUUUUCUUCGGCGCCCAGCAGACCCGGAGGUACGCCGAGGGCAACGGCGUCAAGGAGUACACGGUCCGUGAGGCCCUCAACGAGGCUCUCGCCGAGGAGCUCGAGUCCAACCCCAAGGUCUUCAUCCUCGGCGAGGAGGUUGCCCAGUACAACGGCGCCUACAAGGUCACCAAGGGCCUGCUGGACCGGUUCGGCGACAAGCGCGUCAUCGACACCCCCAUCACCGAGAGCGGCUUCUGCGGCCUGGCCAUCGGCGCCGCCCUCAGCGGCCUGCACCCUGUGUGCGAGUUCAUGACCUUCAACUUCGCCAUGCAGGCCAUCGACCAAAUCGUCAACUCGGCCGGCAAGACGCUCUACAUGUCGGGUGGCAUCCAGCCCUGCAACAUCACCUUCCGCGGCCCCAACGGCUUCGCCGCUGGUGUGGCCGCCCAGCAUUCGCAGGACUACUCGGCCUGGUACGGCAGCGUGCCCGGUCUCAAGGUCGUCUCCCCCUGGAGCGCCGAGGACGCCAAGGGCCUGCUCAAGGCCGCCAUCCGCGACCCCAACCCCGUCGUCGUCCUCGAGAACGAGCUCAUGUACGGCCAGUCCUUCCCCAUGUCCGAGGCCGCCCAAAAGAGCGACUUCGUACUGCCCUUUGGCAAGGCCAAGGUUGAGCGCGCCGGCAAGGACCUGACCAUUGUGUCGCUGUCCCGCUGCGUCGGCCAGUCGCUCAUCGCUGCCGAGAACCUCAAGAAGAAGUAUGGCGUCGAGGCUGAGGUCAUCAACCUGCGGUCCGUCAAGCCCCUCGACGUCGAGUCCAUUGUCAACUCGGUCAAGAAGACGGGCCACCUGCUCUCGGUCGAGUCCGGCUACCCGGCGUUUGGCGUCGGCUCCGAGAUCCUCGCCCUGACCAUGGAGUAUGCCUUUGACUACCUCGAUGCUCCGGCCCAGCGCGUCACUGGUGCCGAGGUGCCUACACCCUAUGCCCAGAAGCUCGAGGAGAUGAGCUUCCCGACCGAGCAGCUCAUCGAGGACUACGCCGCCAAGAUGCUGCGUGUCUGAGCCACGGCGAUUGGAUGAGAGGGAGCAGGAACAAAACAUAAUGACGGCAAAGCGUUGGGUCGCGGCACGGAUGAGCCCCGACCGCCCGACGAAGCAUGAGGGAUACGUAAACCCUUUUUUUUAUCCGUAUUCAUAGACGGCGAGGAGUGGGCACCUGUACUUGUAUUUGCGUUGUUCGUGUAUACACCCUCUUCUUGGCCGCUAUUCCCUGGCGCUUGUGAACUGUCAGUCGCAAAGUAGCGUCUUGUCGAUGCGCGAACUCUACUGUGAACCCAAUGCAGGUCAGCAAGAUCCCCGCGAUGCGGGCUCAAGUCAUGGAUUCGCCGGAACGGGCCAUGAUUGACGCAUUGCCUUGUGCUGCCAACUGCACCUGCUAUGAUGUUGAGUGAAUGGUUUUCGCGACGCC